AUGAAAUUGUUUUAUCUCCUGACCUUACCCCUCCUUCUUCUCAGUCCAGUUAUUACUGCGGCGAACAAUCUUGAAUAUGAAUAUAUUGUUGUGGGAAGUGGCGCAGGAGGAGGUCCUGUAGCAUGCAGGCUCGCCAGGAACGGCCACAGGACCCUGCUUAUCGAAGCUGGCAACGAUCAGUCUGACAAUCUCAACACUACGGUUCCCGGAUAUGAAGGCAUUGUCACUGAAGACCCAGCUGUCCGAUGGGAUAUUUUUGUCAAUCAUUACGAAGACCAGACGCGCGCGCAGCGAGAUCCAAAAUACACAUGGGAGACCGCGCCAUUUGAAUAUCAUGUUGGACCCAAUCCUCCUAAGGGUGCCAAACCACGAGGCAUAUUAUAUCCCCGUGCGCAAUCAUUGGGAGGAUGCACUACACAUAAUGCACUUAUCUGGAUCACCGCGCAUGACAGUGACUGGGACAACAUCGCAAGCUUGACUGGAGACACCUCGUGGACCCACGACAACAUGGGCCAAUAUCUUCAGAAGGUUAACGAAUGGCUUCACGUUGAGCCAACUGACCCCACAAUUUUAGUGAGCGACCAACAACUCACUCAGCAUUGUGUGGCCGGCGCCGCCGCCUUGGGAGAAGGCCCAGAACCUGUCAACGCUGUCAGGGGAUUUGCGAACCUUCUGGCGAAUGAUCCAAACAGUCAAAUCAACCCAGCACGUGAUUCGACUCAAGGAUUCUUCCAAGUGCCCCUGACGAUGACUGCGGGCAAUCGUUCUAGCGUUACCGAUUUCAUUAGAAGCACCGUCGCGGAGGGCUUCCCCUUGGACGUUCGCACAAAUUCCUUCGUGACUAAAAUCACUUUUGAUCAGUCUGGGGCCAUUCCAAAAGCCACGGGGGUUGAGUUUCAAGACGGAGAGUAUCUCUACCGAGCAAGCCCUCGAAGUCUCAACAGCCGUCCCGGAAAGCCUGGCUCAGCGGAGGCGACAAAGGAGCUUAUCAUAUCUGCUGGCGCAUACAAUACGCCUCAGCUGUUGAAGCUCAGCGGGGUUGGUCCCAAACGCGAAUUAGAGAAGUUCAAUAUUUCUGUUGUGAAAGACCUUCCAGGUGUCGGCACCAACUUGAUGGACCGCUACGAAAUUCCAGUCAAUGUCCGGCAUAACAAGGACUUCUCGAUCCUUGAUGGCUGUACUUUUGACGGUAAGCCUCAUGAUGAAUGUCUCAAGAAAUGGGAGAACAACCCCUAUGUUCUCAGCCAACGCGGAGCCUAUGCCACAAACGGUCUCGCGGCAACUCUGGCUGUCACCUCGAAAUAUGCCUCAAGCUCAAACAUUGAUAUGUUCAUAUUUGGUGGUCCCGGCAACUUCCAAGGAUAUUUUCCCGGCUGGGCGGAACAGGUUACCGCGGACCAUUCGCACUUUUCGUGGUACACUCUGAAAGCACACACACGGAAUCAUGCCGGCACCGUGGAGUUACAAUCGACAGACCCAUUCGACCAGCCCAAGAUCAACUUCAAUUACUUCGAUACCGGGACUACAGUAGGUGGGGCGGACGAUCUUGAUGCGGAUUCAAUUGUCCAAGCAAUCAAUAUUUCGCGAAACGCGUUAUCUGAGUACUACAACUAUGAUAUCCUGGGUGGCUCUCCAUUCGUGGAGGAAAGCCCCGGUCAAGAAGUGGCAGGCGACGUUGAACUAAAGCAAUACGUGAAAGACGUCGCUUGGGGUCAUCAUGCAUCUUGUACUGCGCCUAUCGGGGCUACGAAUGACCCCCUUGCCGUGCUCGAUUCGGAGUUCCGAGUACAUGGCGUGCAAAAUCUCCGUGUCGUUGAUGCUAGUGUCUUCCCCGAAAUCCCAGGUGUUUUCAUCAUGGCGCCGAUCUAUGUCGUCAGCGAGAAAGCUGCAGACGUGAUUUUGAACGGCCUACGCUGA